CUUGGAUUACCAGGCACGGAAGUUUUACUCUCUUCCCUUUUUGGAAGAGCUGCCAAAGGUCACGCAGCCAGGGGCCCACUCUGCAAAUGUAAGGGGCAAGCUGGCCAAACUAUGAUCCCACUGGGGUUCUUUCAAGUUUUAGUAAUUCUGGUAAAUCUAAUCCUAAUUCAGUUGAGAAUUGGGGAGUCCUUGGCAAUACCCCUCAUUUCUGAGCCCAAGCGAAUCCAUGGUGUUUUAGCAGAGAAACAUACUUUCAUUCACUUGAACGGAAGAGAGAGGAGAGAUGUUCAGUGCCAAGUCGGGCACUAUCUUCAUCCAAAUGGAACUCAUUGCUGUAUUAAGUGCCACAAAGGAACUUAUCUUUCAAAACAUUGUUCUGGGCCAGAUAAGGCACCCACAUGCUCUGUGUGUCCCGAAGGUACAUAUAUGCCCACAGAAAAUUAUUCACAAAAGUGUUUUGCGUGCCAACCUUGCCGCACAAGCUUUCAGCAAAUAAUAAAGUUCCAUUGUACCAAGUGGGAAAACACUUUGUGUGGUUGUGACAGUAAUCAAUAUAAGACUACCAGAAAUGCGGAAUUCUUCUGCAAGAAUUGCAGCGACUGUCAUAAUGGAAAAAUCAGAAAAGACUGCACGCCUGAUAGUGAUACAAUAUGCGAAUGUCACAGAGGAUUUUUUCUUAAGGAAGAUCAGAACAAAUGUCUUCCCUGCAGCAGCUGCGAUAAGGAAGAUUGCAAGGAACGCUGUGGAACAGAAAUGGUUAAAAGUCCAUCAAAUUCCACAGAAGUCAUAUCUGUCCUCAGUUUCCUGACUAUCAUCCUCGCAGUUGGUUUUCUUGCGUUAACAUUCAAAGCCAUCAAGAAAUAUUUUCCAGAAAGACUGAACUUCUCCUCCUGUACUUCGGGUCAACAGUCAAAAAAGCAACUUGCAUCCAAGACUGCAGAUAAAACAAAAAACUCUCUUUUGGACAUUAAAGAAGAAAUGAUCUCGGCUACCAUGCAAGUGCCACCAUUAAGUCAAGCCCAAGGUCAAGAACUGCCAGACUGCAUAAAAUCUGCAAGAGAGACACGGAUUUCUGACAGUCCUGUGGUUUUAUAUGCUGUGAUGAAUGCUGUACCAGUGUUACGAUGGAAGGAAUUUAUGAGGUACCUGGGACUGAGUGAAAAUACAAUUGACAGGAUUUUUUUGGACCAUCAGCAUAGGCGGGAUGCGCAAUAUGAGACACUAAAAGAAUGGAGACUAUUGGCAAACCAUGACGCUACUAUGGAGCGCAUCAGUCAGGUUCUCAGUAAAAUGGACCUAAGUGGAUGUAUUGAGGAUAUUCAGGAAGCACUGGCCAAACAGUGAGAGACAUUGUAUUAUUUGCUUCCUUUCCAAAGAGAACUCACAGAGGCAGUUACUGUAUCUUCAAGUUUGUUUUCCCUUUGUAACAUAAAUAGAAUUUUUAAAAUAUACUGUGCAUCUCUUAACAUAUGGAAUACAGUUUUAAUAAAUUAAGGUGUGUGUGUGUGUGUGUCUACAUGUGUGUGCACAUGAAAGAGAGAGCGAAAGAUCUCUAUCAUGUUGUCCUGGUCUUUUUCCCAGAGAUGUAUUUGGACCAGUUCCUUUGUUAGCCUUCUAUUUUUUUAAAGUUCUUUUGUAUAUACCACAGGGAAAAUGUAGGCAAUUUCAUCAGAUGCUUUGUAGUUUAAAUGACACUUUGUAAUAUAACAGUUACCUAUUAAGUAUUCAUCCACCAUAAAGCAAAACUCAUGUUUGUUUUGUUUUUUAAUGCACAUCAUUACUUUUGUGUACUACUUACUGUAUAUAUUUCAUGUACCCAGUAUACUUAUGAAAGAAUAUAGAUCUUUAUAUUAUAGAUCUUAAUAUAAAUCUUAAACAGGGAAGGAAGGAAUAUAUUGGGGGUGGGGGGAACUUUCAGAAAAGAUUAUUCAAUUUUAAGGAAGAGGAAAGAAUAAGAAAGAAACAUGAAAGAACACUACCUUGAUUUUGGAUCAUGUAAAAUGGGUUAGAGAGAAACUCUGGCAAGUUUCAAGAUUUUGCUUUUCUUCCCUACAACAAUAAAGAACAUUCCUGGAA